CGUGUAGGAGGAAGACAAGCCACUUAACAUUACUUGUUUUUGCAAUACCAGCAAAAUGAUUAUUUUCAUUUGUCAUGUAUGCAAAAGUGAAGUAUAUUUAAUGUAUAUUCAUGCUUGUAUGGUCAUUAACCGUAAAUAUUACUCAAAGAUUAUUGCUGAUUACUAUGUUAAGAGACUGAAACGUCUCUUUAUUGCUUUUCUAUAUGAUCUUUUUGGAAAUGACUUUUCAUACCACUUGGCUAUAAACCCCUUUUCGAUUCUCAUCAAUAAAUUGUUCACCUUUCGCACAUACAAAGCCGCCAAAACACAAACACACGACAAAAUACUUAACACAUUUCCAACAGUGAAAUUAAACAUUUACAACAGCAUUUACACCUGAAGUGCUGAGUUCUGUGAAUGAAAUUCCCCCAACUUGGAAUCAGUCGAUUCCCAUCGCUUAGCGUGUGAACAGCGCAAUUUCAUUUUAAGUUAGAAUCGUGAAUCUUACUGUGAAGCUUACGCAAGUGCGAAAAAGUCAUGAAGGGCGGGGAAAGUAAUAGAGUUGCCGAAAAUAUGACGAUAAGCAACAGCCAAUUGGGUCCUCCACGAGGGACUCAGUUGACGUGGAAAUUCUGGCAACAGAGACGCUACAUCUUGGUGGUGCUGGCGUUCCUUGGCUUCAUCAAUGCUUAUGCACUGAGAGUGAAUCUCAGUGUCGCGAUCGUGGCAAUGACCGAGCCGAGGAACGUGACUCUGGACGAUGGAACAGUGGUGGAGAAGGCGGAGUUCGACUGGGACUCGAAGCAGCAAGGCCUGGUCCUCAGCUCCUUCUUCUAUGGCUACAUCUGCACUCAGAUAUUGGGUGGCAUAAUCGCAUCGAAGAUCGGCGGCCACUAUGUUUUUGGGUUGGGAAUUGGGGUCACGGCCGUGAUGACGCUACUCACUCCGCUGGCAGCGAAAUUCAAUAUCUACGUACUCGUGGCGGUGCGGAUAAUUGAGGGGCUGUUUGAAGGAAUCACGUUUCCCUGCAUGCAUGCCAUUUUCAGCCGAUGGGCGCCAAUGUACGAGCGAUCGCGGAUGGCGAGCUUCGCCUUCUCGGGCAGCUACUUCGGCACGGUGGUUUCCCUGCCCUUGUCCAGUCUCUUGGCCGUCAACUGGGGCUGGGAGAGUGUCUUCUACUGCUUCGGAGCCUUGGGCUGUGCCUGGUGUGUCGCCUGGCUGGCAAUCAUCAAGCCUGGCCCUGAGACUGAUCCCUACAUCUCCGAGGCGGAGAAGACCUACAUCCUCAGCAGCAUUGGCUCCAAUGAGAAGCAGAAGAUCAAGCAUCCUUGGAAGGAUAUUGUCACUUCGACAGCAGUUUGGGCUAUCGUGGCAUCGCAUUUUGCCGAAAACUGGGGCUUUUACACCCUCAUGACGCAGCUUCCGGCGUUCCUCAUCGACACUCUUGGCUUCGAUUUGGGGGAGAGUGGCUUCCUCUCUGCUGUUCCUUACCUCGCAAUGACUUGCUUGCUGGCUGUUGGCGGUUAUCUGGCGGACUGGACGCAAGUCAAGGGAUAUCUAACGACUGGCCAGGUUCGGAGAUACUUCAACUGCGGAUCAUUCCUGGCCCAGACGACAUUCAUGAUGCUCGCAGCGUUUCUUCUCCAUCCAGUUUGGAGUGUUGUCUCCAUCACUUUGGCUGUUGGUUUGGGCGCCUUUGCGAUUUGUGGAUACAUGGUGAAUCCUCUGGAUCUGGCGCCAAAUCACGCCUCUGUGAUAUUCGGCUUGUCCAAUACCGUCGCGACGAUUCCAGGAAUCGUCAGUCCUCUUCUCACAGGCAUAAUCGUGACCAACAAAACCAACAGCGAAUGGCAGAUAGUCUUCUACAUUUCGGCCUCCAUUUAUCUGCUUGGCGCAUUUGUGUACUGGUUCUUGUGCCGCGGAGAACUUCAGCCAUGGGCACAGACUUUCCCAACAGACCAGCAAGUCCAGCCAUCAGCCGCGAGCGCGGGAAAAGAGGCAGAAAAGACGGUGUGAUAUCGUAAAUCAAGUGUGACACUAAUGAGGGAUCUUCAUUGACUUAUAGCUGAUAAGAGUUUAAUCUAUAAUUGGGCGAUUUGCCAAUUGACAUGCUUAUCAAACGUAAAGAGCCGCAGUGAGUCUAAAUAGUGCUGAGAUAAGCUGGUAAAAUCAAGAUUAAUUGUGAUGUGCCUAUUAACCCUUCAAUAAAUCUUGAUUAGUUCGGAAAAAAACUUGGUCUAUUUGAUCAUAUGAUUUACCAAUUGAUUGUUGUUUCGACGCUGAUAAGAAGCAAGGGAAAUAGUUUCAAAACAUUGUUAAGCAUUUAAUAUGCAGAUUGCCCUGCUAUAUUUAUCAUUCUAUAACCCUUAUCUUGACAUCUGACCUUUAGUGUUAUUCACGACAAAGUUAGAGAAUGACUAAGGAAAUUAUUCUUAAUAUCUAUUAAUUAAUGUAAGCACGAGGCGGUUUUGGAAGAAAUAUUUUGUGAUUUUUUAUUGGCUUUAAUAUUAGAAAAUUGAAAGGGUAAAAAUUUGUAAAGAUCGUACAAGAAAUACACAGAUU